AUGCCCUCCUCACUCACAUUGAUCUUCAUUGUCAUAUUUUUCCUGGAGUCGUUGGCUGCAAUGUUGCAGAAUGGCUUUAUGGUUGUUGUGCUGGGCAGGGAGUGGGUGCGAUGCCACACACUGCCGUCAGGUGACAUGAUUGUGGCCUGCCUGGCUGCCUCCCGGUUCUGCCUGCAUGGGAUGGCCCUCCUGAACAACUUCCUUGGCUUCUUUGAUUUUUGUUUCAAAGCUUACUAUUUCAACAUUUCCUGGGGCUUCAUCAAUGCUAUCACUUUCUGGCUCACUGCCUUGCUUGCUGUCUUCUACUUUGUGAAGAUCUCUUCCUUCUCACAUCCUAUCUUCUACUGGCUGAAGUGGAGGAUUUCUCGGUCAGUGCCCAGGCUGCUUCUGGGCUCCCUGAUCACAUCUGGUGUCACAAUCAUUGCAGUAGCCACCGGGAAUAGCAUUCUCGUGCAGAUGAGUGCCUCCCAGAGCUCCCAUGGAAACAGCACCCUGGUUGAAAGAAUACAGACCAUCUAUUGCCAUUUUUUUCUGCCUAAUGAAGUGCUCUUGUUGUCCAUUCCCUUCCUCUUGUUCCUGGUGUCCACACUUUUGCUCAUGUUCUCGCUGCACCAGCACUUUCAGCAGAUGAGGAGCCACAGACCCAACCAAGGCUGUUCCAGCACCCAGGCUCACAUCAUGGCCCUGAGGUCACUUGGUUUCUUCCUCAUCUUCUACACAUCAUAUUUUCUGUCCCUGAUUAUUGUUUCUAUGCAUAUCACAACCCUGCAGAAUCAGUGGCACUGGGCCUGGGAAGUGGUGACCUAUGCAGGUAUCUGUCUGCACUCCAGCAUCUUGGUGCUAAGCAGCCCCAAGUUGAGAAAGACCCUGAAGAUAAUGCUUUGGAAAGCCCUGGACAAAAGUUGGUUCAUCUCAAGUUAUCAGUAUCAAUAA